UUUCCAAUCAUCCAGCCUUUCAUCCCCAUCCAAAGCUUUGAGCGAAACAUUUUGGUCCAGUUCGAACCGGAUAAAUUGGAAGAUAUAAUUCUCUCGGAGAUUACAACUCAUUGUGCCUAAUUCUACCAACAAAGGAUUACUUCCAACAGUCAACAAUUCCACAGAGCAUCAUGCCUAAACGCCAAACCAAAAACUCCAAAAGCUCCAAUAAUCGUCGCCGUCGCCAACAGCACAUCAAGCUGCCUAGCAAUUACAACCGGUUCCUAUGCCGUUUAUGUGUACGUCCGCAUCCGUUACGCGUCUGUCGCAAGUUCCUCGCGGUGAACAUGAAGGAACGUCUGGACGCCGUAAAAACGCAUAAAUAUUGUCAGAACUGUUUAGCUCAUGACCACUCCAAAGGAACAUGCAUUUCGAAACGCGGUUGUCGUCAUUGCAGCAAAUUCCACCACACCCUUCUCCAUAUCAACCCCCGGCUUUUGAAAGAUUUCGGCAUAAGUCCAACCCGCUCCAACUCUCGAUCUCGUUCUCCGUCGCCUAGACCCUCGACUUCGCAAGCUGCUCGAAAAAAAUUAGCUGCUCCAACGACUUCGGCAACUACAUUAACGUCGCUCCUACGACAGAAUAGCGUAAUUCUAUUGCCGACGGUUUUAGUGAAGAUUGGCUCCACGAAUACCCAUGCGCGCUGUCUCCUGGAUUCUGGCUCUACUGUCAGUCGCAUCUCAAAGAGAAUUGUCAAAACAUUGCGACUAACAACUUUGACAAUGGAGAAUGAAACCGUAUGUCCUGCAACACUCAAAUCCAAAUUCGAUUCUGAGUCCAAGAUCGAGGGCAUUUUCCGGGUUGACAAUCGGAUUUCUAGUAAAACUCCCAUAAACUCAUUGCCAGUGAAUUUUAAGCAACAUUUCCGAGAUUUGUUCUUAGCGGACCCUAAAUUCUUCGAAUCCGCUGGAAUUGACGUCAUCAUCGGCGUUGAUUUGUAUCCGAAGGUGAUGAGAGAGGGUGUUUUUACCAAAACAGGGUUGCCAACGGCGCAAAGUACCAUCUUUGGAUGGACCAUUUACGGCGCGUGUCUCACAUGAACAAUAUACCACAUGCACUUGUAUAUUCGAUAAAGCAAAAUAAAACCAAAACAAACGAACACAAAUAUUUUAUUAAUUGAAUUUUCCAAUAAAAUAUAUUCAUUGAAUUCCAUAUAUCCAUAUAUUUCCAUUUAUUUCCUUUUGCAACAAAUAUUGUUAUUUAUUCUUUUCCUUUCUAUAGCACAGAUGUCCAAAGGAAUCAACUUACUAAUAUUAACAUUAAGAUUUCCUAACCUCACAACUAUAUUUUGUAAUUCCUUCUAGCAGAAAUAAGUAUUUUACGACAAUCCUUAUUCCUUUUUUCCAUAGUUUGUAUACUGCAAGGCGGGCGGUAAUGUUUAUGCCAAACAACAAUUGUCCAUUUAUUCAUAAUCUCCCCGCAAAUUCCUAUUUCUUAUGACAUAUAUCGAUACUGAAUGCUAUGA